GCGGCGGAACAGCGAGUGAGGGGGAAAGGGCAUCUCGGCCGGAUCAAGUGUUCUCGUUUUUUGGUGUGCCUUUGAAUGACAGUGUCACGACACUGUUUUGUGCAUCUGUUUUCGAGAUGAAUGUGUCCACUUUGCUAUUUUUACGGAUUAGAGGAAUUGAAGAGAGAAUGGACCAGAGUUGCGUAGCGACAUUUUACUCCCCCGGUGUGUCUCCGGCUCGCUCUUAGAGCGGGAUCCUGCCACCGCCGGUGCCUUGGCGAAGGGGUGGAGAGCAUGCCCUCACUGUCACCCGCUCACAGGUGGUGAAGUCCAACUCAGGAUGGGAAAGCCUCGGUCGCGGGGGCUGCUUCUGGUGUCACUGGUGCUUUUACUCGGCCAAAUACCCGCUGCUCUUCCAGGCGGAAGUAGAAAAGCGGACCAAAGGGAAGCCAUUCUGAAAGAGCUGCUGUCAAUAUGGCGCAACAGUGGAAACUCGUAUCCAAAAAGAGACCAGCCCCACCACUCAGACAAGCCUCAAGACCAGCAGGUCCAAACCGUGGUGCGCAACAUCGUUGGGGGACUCAAGUCUCUAGGCCUGCUGUCCCCCAAAAACAUGGGCCUCCCCUCUCUAAACAAGCCCAUAGACCGCCACCGCCUGUCAGGGUUCCUCUACAACAUCUCCACGUACCUCCAGGAGAUGGGGGCCGAGCUGGACGAGAGGCAGCCGGCCUUCAAUGAGGAACAGUUCUGGGAGAAGAUCCUCUACUCCUUCCUGCAGGCGGAAGGUGGCGCCCCCUAUGGGCCGUGGGACAGCAGGCUGCCUCCCAGGCCAAGCUUCCGACUCCAGGACCUGUUCCUGUCCCUGCGCGGCAGCCCGCACUGGGACGGCCUGCUGGGAUUGGUCCAGAGCAUCCAGCAUCUGUCGGAGCGGCAGCCGCAGCGGCCCCUCCUGGCGUUCGUGUCGCAGAACUGGCGGACGAUCAGCGCGCUGCUGGACGCGGCGCUGCAGGCGGUGGUGAGCGGCACGUACGGGCAGGCCAGCGCCGGCCUCCAGGGCUUCAUCUGCGCGCUGCGCGGACGCCACGACUGCGCCGGCUUCAGCACCGGCUGGCUGGAGCAGCUGCUGGGCUUCCUGGAGACGCGCAACUGGAAGCCGGUGCUCAGCCUCCACCCCUCAGAAGAUCCCAGGGCCGGAGGCGGGGGUGGAGGUGGGGGUGGAGGCGGUGGAAGCAGCGGGGGGACAUCGGUGUCCACCGGUCGCCUGAGGCCCUUCAGCCUCCCUCCGGAGGCCGAGGCGCUUCUGAAGGACGAGGGCCUCGCCGCGGGCGCCUUCCUCCGGAACCAGAGCCUGCUGGACGCCGCCGAGGACCUGGACUCGGUGCAGGCGCUGCUGCUGCAGGCUCUGUCGCGGUCCAGCGCCGGGGAGAGGGCGGCGGCGCAGCUGGCCCAGAGGAACCCGGCGCUCCUGCAGGGUCUGGACGGCCUGCGCCGGGGCCUGCUGCACCGCGUGGGCAGCUCCGUGUACGGAAGCCUGCGCAGGAAGGUGUCGCGCGUCACCAUGGCGCUGCUGGACGACGUCAGCAGUGUCGUUGGCGUGCCGCAGCCGAAUCGCCACGGAAGAUGCGCAGUGGGUGAUCUCAGACAGCUCAUUCUGUGGGGUAUCAGACACAACUUGACCUGGAACGCCCAGGCCCUGGGCUUCACCUCACACGGCCCCCCCAGCCGCCCCACCUUCAUGACCUGCUCUCCAGCCGGGGAGGACAACGGUACCCCCUCAGCCCCCUCCUCCUCCUCUUCCUCCACCCCACCCACCUACCGCAGGUCCAGGCUCCUUCCCUUGCCUGAGGACGAACUGGUUACGACCCCUGCGCCGACCCCUGACCCCUCGGCCUCGGAGGAGAUCCUGGAGGCCGCCUGCAACGACUCCAUCCCGGGCCUGACGGGCGUGUCCAACUUCACCGUCUUCCUGUACUGCAACCUCUUCACGGGGUCACUGGACGCCCUCAGCGAGCUCGGGGGGCCCGACCUCCACGCCACCUGCUCGGACGCGGCCUGGUACCUGGCGGUGGCCGAGGAGGACUUCCUGUGGGUGCAGGUGUGCAGCGAGUUCUUUGCGCACGAGUUCAACAACACGGUCUGUGCCAACUCCUCGUUCUGGGUCCACAGGGCACAGCAGGCAGCACUUACUAAGGACUACCAGUAUUUGAACCAGUCCAGCAUCACAGAGCUCUGUGUGCAGCUGACUGGGAAUGCCCCGGGAGCCUCUGCCCCUGAUGCCAGCCAGGACUGCUUGGCACUGCUGGGCAGCCCUUCCAUGAAUGCCUACGACUUCCGCAGGUGCUUCUUACCCAAUGACACCACUCUCAUUCUGUCGCUGUGUGGAAACGGGUCCACACCUUACGUGGACGACGGGUCGUGGGUGUCCGAAUACUGCUCGCGCGUCCUCAACGCCACUCACGGACCCGCGGCGGGCCUCUGUGACUACCGCAGCUGGGACGUCCAGCACUUUGCCAACGCCACCCUGCUGGAGGCCUGCGUCCACACGCCGGGCCUGCGGGACCACAUGUGCAGCAACGCCUCCCUGUACGCCGAGCUCCUCCACACCCGGCCCUCCCUCCUCCUGGGCCUGUGUCUGGGGCCGGCCGAGGCGGACGAGUCCGGCGGUGAGGGGCCCGGCGAGGGUGGGUCCUCCUCCUCCUCCUCCUCCUCCUCCUCUGGCCCGGGCGGCCGCUGCGCCCUCCAGCAGUUCUUCGACCUGCUCCCGGCGCCGUACGCCUUCGACACGUCGCAGCUGUGUGCCGACCCCGUGCCCCUGGUGCUGGAGGCGCUGCAGGGCCUGAGCCGCUGCGAGGGCACCGUGGACGAGCGCGCCAGCUGGCUGGCCACCGUGGGGUACGUGCUGCGCGUGCUGGACUUCGUGGUGGGCCUGUCGGCAGGGCUGGAGGAAGGGGAGCGCGAGGUGCGCCAGGGCCUGGGCCAGGCCAUCCUGCUGGCCAGCCUGCUGGACAACGGCUCCUUCUGGGCCACGCUGAGGCCCGACGCCUCCCUCAGCGUCCUCCACACCGUGGGAGUCUUCCUCAGGAAGGAGCAGAACCCGGCCGUCAAGGAGGACCUGCUGAGCUGCUUCAGUCCUGUACUGUGGGAUCUGAUCCAGAGACAAGGCAAUUCCUCUGCCCUCAGAGUCCUUAUACAGGAGUAUCUGAAGAUGCCUCGGGAGGGCAUCCAGAUGUUGGUGAUGUCGGCGGAGAAGGAUGCGGUGAAGAGGUUCCUGUCUCACGUUCAUCAGAGCUGGGACCAGCUGGACGUGGUGGUGGAGGCCUCCCCAACAGAGCAGCAGGCUAUGGAAACCAUGACGGCCGCUUUCAUCCAGAAGUUUCCGCGAGUGACCCCUGACCUGUUUGUUGACCUCUCCCAGUUCAUCCCCUUCAUGUCCGUCUCUGACAUCAUGAGCUUCCCUGCCUCUUUGAUGGUCAAUGACAGCGUGCUGCUGGCGAUCCGGGAGCACAGCUCGGUGAUGAAGUCCCCCCAGAAGCAGGCGUUUGUCAAGCGGUUGCUCCAGUCGCCCGUGGCCGGCGAGGUGGCCUCCUGGCCCCACUACUUCCUCACCUCCAUCCUGCCCCUGCUGCCCCACCUGCCCGUCAGCCACUUCCAGCAGCUCAACGCACAGCAGCUCACUCCUCUGUUGGAGCUGCUUGGUAACAGUAGCCUGGACGCCACUAGGGGGCACCAUGUUCUCAGGACUGUCUACCCCAAGAAGAGGAAUCUGACCAACGAAACCCUACUGAGGUUGGGAGUGCUGGUGUGUUACCUGAGCCCCGAGGACCUUCGGCCGCUGCUGUCGUCCUCCCCUCCCCCUGCGCUGUGGCGGCAGCUGGCCUCCUGUGUGACUGACGGACUGGUAGCGUCCGACGGGAGGCUGUCUCAUUGGUUGGAGUUGGCGCUGGGGUCUCUGAACGCCAGCACUCUGUCGCCAGCUGUGUUGGCAUCCCUGCGGGGUUUGUUGCCCCAGCUGGGCGCUGAGUUCCUGCUGCCCGUCUCCACAGCUGAGCUGCUGCAGAUUCUGUCUCAGCCUGAUGUGCCCACCUACACACCUGCACAGGCAUUCCAAAUACUGGAGCGCAUUUCUGAGAACACAAAUCUCAGCGUGAGCGUGCUGUGCCAGCUCCGGCCUCUGCUCUCAGGCUUGUCGGCGGGUGUCCUGAGGGACGUGUUGGGGCCAGAGCCGGGGCUACUGGGCCAGGAGGCGUGCCAGUGCUGGCGCCCCCUGCUGUUCACCCUGCGCCCUGCACACAGAGCCCUGCUGCAGACAGCCCUCAGGGAGGGGCUGGACAGACAAUCUGCAAACAUGUCUCUGCACCUGCACUGUCUUCUGCCCUACAUCCCCUUAAAGAGACUCAUGACAGGACUGGGUGGAGAGGCCAUCUUCACUAACCUGAAACUUUACAGAGACCUACCCUGGUCCCCACAACAGGCUCAGCUGCUUUUUAGAAGGGUCCAUCAAGUUGAGAACAUUACAUUGGAAAGCGUGCGAACUCUGGGCCGUAUUGCCGGAGGGAUGAGCUGUGAUUGGCUGAUGCUCUGGACCAAUGACACAGGCUUCCCUGAGUUGUUGCAGUUUGUCAGCAAGUUGCCAGGACAACUGAGACCAGCUCUGAGAAAGUGUAUAGUGGAGGAGUUGAGGAGUAGACCUGAGAUGGAUCUCAAUGAGCUGGACCCGUCCUUCUCCGCAACACUGCCGAUGAGAAUGCUUGACAGCCUCUCCAACACCACCUUCUUUGCCAUCCUUGAGCACAUCCGCCACAACUUCACCCACUUCCUGACGCUGGCCCGACACAAACAGAUGGCCCUGGCCGACAAAGCCGUCGACGUGCUCGGCAUCUCUCAGCAGGGCCUGACGGGGUCAUCUCUGGACCUGCUGGGGCCGCUGCUUCCCUUCCUGGACCGGGCCACGCUGCGGCUGGUGGACCGGGCGGCCCUGCGGCUGCGUCUGGAGGAGCUGAAGGGCUACUGUGUGCCCCGGGACAGCCUCCGGGACCUGGCCUCGCUCCUCACCGACAAGGCCCUGCUCGGGGAGCCGGGUUCCUGGAACGUGGGUGAUGUGGAGCACGUUGGCAGAUUGGUGUUUGCUCUCACUUUGAAGCAGAUACGCAAUCUUCCUCUGAACCAGCUGGGUGCUGAGGUGGUGGAGCAGACCCUGCAGAGCCAGCGGCGAUGGGAGGAGAGUGAUGUUGGCCAGGCCUGUGGUCAGCCCCCGUUCCUCCGAGACAAGAUCCACACCUUCAUCCACAAACUCAUCAAAGGCAGACGCAGGAGGCAGAGAGAGCCAGUGCCGACCUGCGCUGACAUCAAGGGCACCUUCCCCUCGGCCUGGCACACUUCCCAGUACCAGCGCAUGGCCGACGUAGAGCUGCAGCAGUGCAUGGAGUUUGUGGGCCGCGACCCGGCCCUCAGCCCUGACCAGCGCUGGACGCUGUGGUCUAAACUCAGGCAGUCCUAUAGACCAGUGCGAGCCAUGCGUCCUGAGCAGGUGCUGCAGCUGGGCUCCAUCAUCACAGAGCUGGGCGAGAGAGAGCUGCAGGCCCUGGACCUCUCAGACCUGGGCCUGGUGGCCCACCUAGGCAGCCUGCAGGACUGGAGCCCAAAGAAGAUGAGGGCUGCUCUGCUUGGCAUCUUGCGGCGACGUGGGCAGAGGCCAGAGCAGCUUGGAGUGGCAGAGCUGGCAUCGUUCGGGCACCUUAUCUGCGGAUUCAGCAUUCCUGAGAUUGCCCGACUGGACCCACACAACCUUAGUCUGGCGGCGCUGUUCCUGAGGGAGCUGGCCUUGCCCUGCUCGGAGCAGCAGCUGGAGGCCGUGGUAUCGCGGCUGGCCAGCCCCCGCGCCUUUGGGCCCGUGAGUGGAUGGACCUCGGAUGUCUUCACAGAAAUUGGCACCCUGGCAGUGGGUCUGGAAGACAUGUUGAUGUCUGCUCUGGUGAAGGACCAGAUCCAGGGCCUCACGCCGGCUGCCAUUGCCCUCAUCCCACCCCACAAACUUGCCGUGGUGCUGAGCACAUCCCAGCUGUCCUGGUUGGGUCCGGAGCAGGCCUCCGCCGUCACGGAGGAGCAGUGGGCCGAGCUAGACAGCCAGCAGAAGCAGGCCCUCAACCUGGCCCUGUACGAAGGGGACGUCAUCCUAGAGCACCGAGGUCGUAAUGGAGGCGUUUCAGAGUGGCCCAUUGACAGCUUCACUGUGUGCUUACUGUCCCUGUGUUGUACAUUGUGGCAUCUACUGUGAAAAAGAAUGGAGAAUGGAGAUCACACUUUAUUUAUUCACGGCU